CUUUCAUAUCCGCAUUCGUUACCUAGCCGGGAAACUGGUAGACCGCAUUCAGCUCACUCAAUGUCAAUCAAUCAUGCAAUGCAAUGUGCUGUAGCGUCUGUGCUCACGAGACACACAGCAGGCGUGUCAGUGAAAACAAACGUGCCAGCCCCCAGACAGACACGUCAGCUAGCUACACAGAUGGACCAUCCAUCCAUCGACCCAUCCAUCACUUCUUCUUGUUGUUGUUGCCCGCCGUGGUCCCCCUACAGGAGAGAAUCGGCCUCCCUCUCCCCCGCCCCCCAACGCCCCCCUGCUGCUGCUGCUGGUUGUGCGGCCUCUGAGGCUCUGCUUUGGGUUUGUCAAUGUCCGGGUGAAUGCGCCACUGCCGCUCGGCGCCUCGUGUGGUGGUGGUGUUGCUGUGGCUGAGGGCGGCUGCUGCUGCUGUUGCUGCUGCCGGUGGUUGCUGUGGUGGUGGUGCGGUGGAGAUGGUCUUUCUGCGGCAGAGCAUCUCGAGGAAGCGGAGGGCCGUCCAGCAGCCCUGCACACACAAAAAGGCAGACGCUCGAAUGAUUGAUGGAUUGAGUGCGCCUGGUAUUCGGAGGCCCACGUGUAUGUCUGUUGGGAAGUAGGUGGGGCCGUGCGGCGCCAUGGACGACAGCGAAUGGUGGAGGGCACUGGUUGACAGCACUGCACACACGAAGGGCACACACACACAUCCAUCCAUCCAUGUGUGUGGUGUGUGGAUGGCGUGCCUUUGUCAAAGUCGGUGGAGCCGUCAGGUCGCUUGAAGAGCGCCACGACGGUCUCGGUGGCUGCCGUGAUGACGGGCCGGUUGUUCAUGACGUCGGCCCACCUGACGACCACCUACACACACACACACAGAGAGAGAGAGAGAGAGAGAGAGAGAAAGGGAUGGAUGGAUGGUAUCCUGACAGGUCUGCCCUACCUGUCCACUGUUGUUCUGUGGCGUGUUGCUGCACGCCUGCAGUGCCAUCCGAAUGACCUCCACUUGCAUCUCGCUCUCGAUCCGCACACCCAGCACCACAGUGGUCGUCGAUGAAUGGCCAGAAUGGCCGGACACAUGCGCACGAACGACACGCAGCCGGGCUGCUGAGUUGUCGUCAGCGCUGCUGCUGGUGGUGGUGGUGCUGGUCUGGUCGGCUUGUUGUGCGCGUGCGGCGGCUUCGAUCAUCGACCAGAGUGAGAGGACGUUGCCGGAGAGGAGGUGGACGUACUCGAAUCGCCGGCUGCCGCUGCUGCACCGUUGACCCACCUGCACACACACACACACAGAGAGAGAGAGAGAGAGGGAGAGAGAGAGAUGCACACGCCUGUAUUGGUUUGUUCUGGGUGGGUAUACCCGUGUUUGUGUGUCGUCUGCACUGCUGUCGUACUGCUCUGUCCAUCCCCUCUCCGCCUCAGCCAUGUCAGCCACACGCACAUAGCCACUGCACCACACACACACACACACUGAGGGAGAGAAUAAGCGCCUGAGUGCUGUCGACCGACCUGCUGCUGAGUGCGACACGGUUGAUGGGCGUCGCGCCGUCUGUCUGCGUCUUGGCCAUCGGCCGGUCGGGGAACAGCAGCUGGUACCACAGCUCGCCGCGCGAAGUCAGCGCCUGCACACACGCAAUAACCGAUCUGCCCAUCCAGUCAGCUGUCUGUCAUUUGUCUGUGUGUGUGUGUGUGUGGCCAUGGUGACCGUCUUGCGUUCGAUUGCAAGUGCGUAGGUCUGCUGCUGUUGCUGCUGGUUGUUGGUCGUCCUGUAGAAACCCUCGACGGCCGAUGCUGCUGCUGCUGCUGAUGCUGAUCCGCUCUGCGCACACACACAGGGAGAGAGUGACACAACAGACGGGCACCCACAAAGAGAAAUCAGCACACGAGUGUGGGUGUGGGUGUGGGUGUGGGUGUGUGUACGUGUGUCCGAGCGUCGUGUAUCUGAAUGGCCUCUUGCCACGGGACGCCGUGGUCCACACGCAGACAGAAGUACUGCGUGGCCAUCCCUGUGUGUGUGCACACCACACACACACAAACAAAAUUGUGUGUGUGUGUGUGUGUGUGUUGACCGUCCCACACCCACCAGUCGUGGGGUCGGUGUAGAUGACCUCGGUGUGAGCGACUGAGGUGCGGUCUCGACGGCCGAUGCUCUUCACACCUUGGUCGUGCUCGCCAUUGACACGCGACAGCUGCAGACACUCAGACACCCACGCGCACACACACUGAUGCGUUUAAGUGUGUCUGUCUGUGUGUGUGUGCACCUCAACACGGGCGUCGUGUAUCAUGGUGAAGAGGUCGAAAAUGUGCUGCUGCAGAGAGGGCCGCAGCAUCAUCAGCCUACACACACGCAGCCACACACAUGGGGGCGUGUUGUGUGUGUGGGGUGACUGACUUGUUGAGGAAGGCGUCCAUGAGUUUGUCGUCUUUCUUCUCGUUGAAGAUGCGCUCGAUCAUACCAACACCCUACACACACACACACACACAGAGAGAGAGAGAGAGAGUAUCGCCCAUAACACGCCUUUUCCAUGGGUGGGUGUCACACGUACGUCCAGCGCGCUUCUCGCCUCCUCGAUGAACGUCUCCUUCGCCUCUCUGUUGCCCCCGCCCGCCAAAAAAGGCACGCCAACAUUCUCGCCAUUGAGAUACCUUCACACACACACACACACACAUCGACAUACACACAUCCAUCCAGCCACCACAUCAGUCAGUGCACCCACCCACACACCGAUUGAUGUCGACCACGGCCUGGUAGCCAUGUGUCGAGUAGACGUCGUAGCUCAGGAGGUCCUCACUCUUUGCACCGACACCGCCAGCACGACUGACACAACACACCCACACCCACACCCACACAGAGAUCGAGAGGGAUGGAUGGAUGGAUAAUGUCACAAUCAUGCCCACCUAUCGCCCGUAGUGAUGGCGCCCAUGCUCUUCACGCGCCGCGCCACCGUGCUGAUGAAACGGCGCUCACCUGCACCGAACCACACACACACGGACACACACAUAGAUGCCGAUGCGCACACAGGAGCUGUGCUGACCGCCGAACGGCGUGACGAGGAAGUGAAUGAUAGGGGGGUGCAGCUGGUUCGACCUGUGGCACCUGCCCAGCUGCUGCAAGGCCUUCUCGGCACUCCUGCACACACACACAGCCGUCCAUGUGUGUGUGUGUGUGGCGGGGGGGGGGCAACGUGUUGUGUGUACCAGAAUACUUCUAUGGGAAUCAUCAGCCGCUUCUUCGGCGCACUGCUGCCGGACCUGCCCUUCUCGGCGUGCAGGGAAAUACCUGCACACACCAACACACACACACAUAUACACACACAGAUACACACAAAUGCACGCAUCUCUCUCUCUCUCUCUGUGUAUGUGUGUAUGUGUGUGUGUUGAUGUGUGUUACCGGCCGAGGCUGCCUCAGUGAUGAUGGCAACUCUCUUUCUGUUGGUCUGAAAGUAGGCCUGCUCCGUUAGAUUCACCCGGUCGGCAGGCACCGCCUACACACACACACACAGAGAGAGAGAGAGAGCGCGGAUGGGUGGCUGCGUGUGGGUGCCGGUGUAUGUCACCUCUAAGCCAGUGUUGCGCUCGACGUAUUCGAAUUUCGUGCCGCGACGCUCCUGACACACAUCCAGCCCACACAGAUGGAUGGAUGCUUGAAUGGAUGCCUAUAGAUGCUUACGAGCCUCUUCUGACGUCCACUCAGCUCCGCCGCUUUUGGGGGGCCGCCCAGCUGUUUGAUAGACACACGCACAAACAGAGAGAGAGAAAGAGAGAGAGGGAGAGAGAGAGAUGCGACUUGGCUGACUUACCUCGUCAAUGAGGCUGUCGAGUACAUUGCGUGGAAACAGCUUGUCCUGCUCGAAGCGCGCCACACGCGCCUUCAACUCGGACAGCUGCACACACACAAACACACACAGUGCAUUCAUCCACACACACACUUGAUGCCUUUAUGUGUGUGUGUGUGGCCGACCGAUUGCUGGAGGUCCUCGAUGGGCUUGCCCCUCUUGUCACACGUCGGGAAGUGGUUGUCCAGCAGGUGCUUCACCGAGAGAUGCCUGCACCCACCCCCCACACACACAUAUACCGGGGGAGGGGGGAGGGGGAGGGGCGCUCACACACUCACAUGCUCGACAGCAGCUGCUCCGUCUGCUUGUUGUCUCUGUCUUUCAUCUCGUCGGCGCUGCGGGCCUCACCCGUCGACCAAAGGCUGCACACACACACACACACACAUCUCCCUCCCUCCUGCCCUCUCUGUCUGUUGUGCUCACUCACCAAAUGACGACACUCAUAUCGUUUUCUAGGGCCUCCUUCGCCAUGCUCACUGCAGUCGGCACCUUGGCCGCCACACACAGCUGACCGAAAAACCGCUGCGCAGUGGCCGACACCU